AUGAAGUGCUGUCAUUCUGUGGUGUGUGUGUGCUAUACCUACCUACCUACCUUUGUACACAAAGUAUCUGGCGAGACUGAAAGCAACAACCAUCAGCUCUCUUGUUCACGAAUCAUAAGUUCGAAAUCACUCCGUAUAAAAUUUCCCAUUCUCCUCUUUUUACCCUUUUUACCCCUUUUACUCUUCAAGUUCUUCAUCAUUGCUCAAUUCAUCUUGCAUUUUGAAGUGAAUUACCUACGUACAUUUUUAUAUAUUUGCCAGUCAGCCUACCUACCUACCUACCUAGUUACCACCUUUAUCUCGGUGAAGUGACUUGACCCUACCUACAUACCUACCUCUGCGGAUAAGUCGACAAAUUUUGUUCGUUUAUUGCUCCUCAUCCCAUCCUCCGCUAUCAACUCUGACGCGGGCACCUACGAGCAAUCGUUGCCUCUUGCGGUAACUUGUACAACGACAUGUCUGACAGGCGAGUCAAGUUCCAACUCUCCUCGGGGAAGGGAUCUUCCAAGCACCAUGGUCGCGAGCCGGCACAUGAUUCAGGCGUGGGUUCGUUAUCUAGUGACCAGGCUAGUCUAGGUGGAAGACCUGAUCGUAGAUUCACAGAGGACUACGAAAGCCAACUGUAUAAUGUUGGCUCACUUCAAGAAGCGUUAGGCCAAGCGAAUUUGAAAGUCGAGCACUUGCAGAAGAAGUGUACCGAUCUGGACGGCGAGUUAACCAAAGCCCACAGAUCUGCUCGGGAUGCGGACAGACGUUACCGUGAAGAAUGCGACCGCAAUGGAAGACUUGAGCGAGUCAACAAGGACCUUGAAGAGGAGAUCGUCAACAAAACAGAGAAGAUAGCUGAACUCAAGGCUGCCUUGGAUAGCAUGAAACUUGAGCGUGACGAUUACCGACAGAGAUACUAUACUCUUUCAGAGUCCGGCAACAACAUAAGGGGUGGAUCUGGCGGUACUUCUCCUCCACGACUAAGCCGUUCAGGAAGCAAGCAUGACAAAGAAAAGCCUACUUCGUCGCACCAUCCACGCCGGAGCUCAAGCAUCAAGCCAACGACCCACUCAAGCAACAGGAAGCCAUACAUCGAGAAAAUGCCUGAUGUCUCGAGUUCAUCCAGGCACUCUGGGAAUUACACGACAAUCUCUGUGGAUUUGCCAGUUUCUCGUACAGACCCAGCAUAUCACUCGAACGUUCCACGAAGCCCACAUUACGCAACGCUGCCGCCUCAUCAAACCCCAAGAGAGACGGGGGACUACGUAGCAUACCCAAUACGCGGCUACCGAGGAUAACUUCGCUCUUCAUCUCCUGGCGAGCUAUCACAUCUAAACACGCAGUUAUCCUUUUUUUCAAUGCGGAUGUCAGCGCCCGCAUUUCAACAUCAUAAUCCCGCACGGCACCCGUUACAAGGAUCAUUCAACGGCUUGUAACAUUAUCGUGUAAUACCAUCAUAUCCGUCCGUUGGUAAUACCUGAGUU